AUACCAUGACAGCUCAUCUCUAUCCAUGGAACACUAAGGAGCAACUAGAUGAGUUAAAGCAAUACUUGUUGCAAUUCACCCCAACCACCUCGCAGUUGGUUGGUUUGUUUAUUUCUGAUGGUUUACAUAAAACAACACCUAUCAGUACUAUAAAAAUCUAUUGUUCUCAUCCAGACCCUUUGAAUACCUCUGACAUUGUUGUAUGGAUUUUUGACACUCAAAAAAGCAUUCGUCUUUUUGUCAGUACCGAAGUCCAAUUGGACAAAUUAUCCUUGACUUUAGAAGCUCAAGCAUUAGCACGCAGUAAAGGCGACUAUACUAAGGCAUUACCUCGUUACUUCUCUGACGACGAACAUGAAGAACUAUACCAAAAGAGCUGUGAAGCACUCGAGCAAAUACUUAAGAAUUAUGAUGCUCAAAGAAAGUCAGAUUUGGAAAGUACACUUUACCACGGUAUCAAUCUUUUGUGGGCACCCGUGUUACACCAGGUUUACAAGGUUGGAUUUCAGGCUCCUUGCUUCAAAUAUAUCAAAUCUGCUUCUACACACUCACCUAAACAGAUUGAGUUAAAAUCACACCUCAAAAUUACCCAAGUCCUUCAAGAAGAUAUAGAUUUGAUCAAGUCUGCUACUAGUGUAGAUUAUGAACUUGAGUAUUUAAAACAAUGCGCUUUUAUUUCUACAGCCAUCAAGACCAACGAUAAAGACGAACAGUUGGCAGGUUGGGUUUUAACACAUAGAGACAUGUUGGUGGGUGCUCUUCAAGUCUUGCCCAACUGGCGUCGUCAAGGUUUAGCUGAUAUUCUUGUGCAAAAUAUUUGUACAAAAUAUGUAGAGUUCUUCAAAGAAAAUCUAACAGAAGUUGCUCUUGACAAGUUGUAUUUUGUAGCAACAGUAGAAGCACACAAUGAUGCUAGUGCUAGACUGUUUGAAAAGAUGGGUUGGGUACACUUUGGAUGUGGUGUUACAUGGCUUUAUUGCUUACCAAAAAACUAGA